AAAACAAAAAGUAAGGAAGUGAGAGAAAGAACAUUUUUGGACGAAAAGAAUACAGUAAAAGUGAAAAUUGCGAACUAUAUUAAUAAAUAUAGAACGAAUUAAGUUUACCAAAAUAAAAUGCGAAUAUUACAGCCAUACCAAAAAACGUUGCAAAGAAUUUAACAAGAUCCUAAAUACAGAAAUCUAAGUACAAUAAAAAUUGUAACGCUGGUACUAUAGUGUUGUGUGUGCGUGGUUGUAUAUGAACGUGUUCCCGUGUGUGUGUGUGUGGGUGCACUGUGUUUCUUCCUGAAGAACGAAAUUGUCAAGUAUUUUGUUUGGGAAAUAUUGUCAGCUGCGCAACUCUGUCUUCUACUCUGUCGUUUGUCGUGCUUUGUUUUUACCUAUUUACUUGCACCUAGAAUUGUUUAUUUCAGCUAAUUUAAUAUAGAAUGCUACCCAGUUUUCGCACCUUAAUGCGUUGCUCGAAGCGAGUUCUGCAGUCGCCGUUGGACGCGGUCAAGAUGCGCAGCUCUGGACACAGCAAGGCGCCUAGCGGCGGCGUUUAUGGACCCUUUACGCCCGACAGUGAUAUCAGCUGCUCCGGUCGCGGGGACUGCGUCAACAACACUUGCGUCUGUGACAUUCGAUAUUCGGGCGAUGAGUGCGACUUCGUCAAUUUACCCUACUAUGCUGGCAUCUCGACCGUAUUCUAUGUCGUGGCUCUUGUCUCGGUCAUCCAGCUGCUCAUCUGCAUUGUGGCCGAGUACCAACGGCUCAAGCAGCCAUCGAUCCUUCGCGCCUGCCGCAUCACUACACAGAAGCUGCUCUACUUCAUGGUAUUUGUAGCGGCCUCGUUGCGAGGCGCCUACUUCACCACUCCGUUGGACUUACAGCCCCAAUGGGCCGUCACUCUGAUGUCCGCCUACUAUCCGCUGCUCAUGACCUGCGCCUCUCUCAUCGUCUGCAUGUGGGCCGAGAUCUUUCACCUGCGCGACAUACGUUGGGAGAAAUCGCAGUUCCUUUCGAAGAGCUUCCUAGGCUUUGUGGCAUUCAACUUUUUCCUCUACAGUCUGUUUGGCAUCGAGGUAUUUAGUUCGCUUAUUAACUCAGAGCGCCGCGACUAUGCACACAUCUUCAACGGCUGCUAUGCUGUCUUGCUGCUCAUUGUCGUCAUCUUCUUUCUGAUCUAUGGCGUGGAGGUGUUCUUCAAGCUUCGCGGCGGAUUCGUAUACGAUCAGACGGGCAAAAUCCUGGGACCCAGUGAGGCAAUCGUGAAUGCCUCGCAGCUGCAUCAGUCGCGCUUUGGUCUUCUCAGCCAGGCCAUUAUGCUCAUUGUGAUUGUUGGUUUCCUGACAUCAGAGACGCUGGGUGACUUCUGGAAGGCCAAAGUUCCCGUCAAUUCACGAAACUGGCACGAUAUCAUUUUCCGGAUUGCAGAAAUAGGCGUUGCCCUCUGGUUUCCCUGCUGCCUGUGGAAUUGCAUGGCGCCGGAACAACUUUGGAUACUGAAUCCACGAAAACUGCUUUCGCGUCAAAUCGAUCCAACAAUACCCACCCUCGAUGCCGACAGCAACAAAUUGUCACCCGAAGAGGGGCAGACAUUCUUGACCAAAAAGGAUUGCUGGAUAUGCUAUGACAGCGAUAAACCCGAGCCGCUCAUACAGCCAUGUCGCUGCACUGGCGAUGUCAGUUCAGUGCAUCACGAGUGCCUUAAACGCUGGCUGGUUGAGAGCUGCGGCAGUAACAACGACGCCCAGCUCUCCUGCAAGGUCUGUGCACAUCCCUACGAAAUUGAAAAAUCCAAAAAGCUCGAGUGGGAUAAAGGAUUCACCAUUCAGCACUGGAUGAAGACGGUCAUACUGAUAACGUUAAUCUGCGUAACAGGCGCUACAGCCUGGGCAAUCAUUCAAAUGUAUGUGGAUCUGGUGCGCGUUCUCACCGUUGGCGUUGCCGUGCUCAUCGGUUACGUAUGCUGCAAGUGUCUCGGCGAGAAUACCGUGUUGGCCUAUCAGCGAGCUAAGGUCAGCUCGAUUAACAUUGUAACCAGUUCGGAGAUGGAAAAACUUCACACCAUUUGCGAGGAUGUCAGUGCCAGCACCUCUGCGGCAGCAGCAGCACGUGCAGCAUCCUAAACCACAAUGAAACGACACCAUAAAGCGACUCACGUCUAUGCCAUAAGGAUGCAUCACAUUUACACUUACACAGGCUACACACAUCUACAUAUACAUCUACAGACGUACGAUAUAGUUUAGAGCGCGUUUUAUACACACUAUUGCUCAAUGCCACCCCCCCAAAAAAAAUCUUCCCUGCAAACUGUGUACAUAGAUUUUAAGUAAUUUAGAAAGGAAAACAAAUAUGAAAACGGUUCGAUAAACGAGUCAAUUUUGUCUCUCAUACUUUUAUUCCGAGCGCGGCAUGUAUUACAAAAAAAGAUGAAAAAUAACAAAUUAAACAAAGCCAAAUAUUAUAUAAUCUUAGAUAAUAAAUAAGACAGUAUCAAUUAAUAUUAAAUAUACCCACAUAUAUUAAUUAUUAAAAAGAAAACGACACAAAUGUUUGAGAAAGUCUUGAGAUUAUGAUUACGAGAUCGAGUUGCCAAUGAGUAGGAGCUGGAAAAUGUAUUUUCUAAUUGAAAACAAAAAAAAUAAGCAAACAAUUAAUUACAAACUAAUUAUGGUUAGUUAGUUAGCAAUGGCACCACCCAGUCAAUGUCAGUCUAGCUGAGCAUGUUCGUAGUUCUUAGUUUACACAAUAAGUUGUUGUUCAACAAUACAAUACAAAAUCGAGAGCGUUUCUUUCGUUUUCACGCAGCACAGCUAAGUUUAUUUGGCGAAUAUUAAUUUAAGACCACUCACAAUCACACACAUAUACAUUUACAUAUAUAAAAGAUAUUGUAUUUUCAUUAUAAAUUCAAUUAAAUUGAUGAUUUCAUCAAGUGAACGCUGAUUGUAUUACACCUUAAGCAUAAAUACUUAACAAAUAAUUUAUGAACAUUUUCAACAUUUAUUUAUAUGAAUACAUCGCGCCCACACUUUAAUUGUGUUAUUUAAAUCGACUUUGUAGCUAAUGCGAAUUGUCAACCACAAAUACACACAUCACAACAUACAUAUUUACACUUUAAGCUAAAAUACAUUUUUGUGAUAAACCAGUUAAAUAAACAUAACUAGCUGACGUA